AUGAAUCUCGCACACUGGGCCAAUCAGGCAGGCUGGAGCGACCGCGAAGCUGUCAAGGGACUGACUCAUCGAGACAUUUGCCAACGGCACACUUUCGGAAACACCUGCACGCUGGCGUCUAUUGUUUGGAAGUAUCACAAGCAACUGUCAGACAUUGUCCAACGGCAUGAGGCUACGAUACAGAAACGUUGGGCGAAGAAGACCAAGGCCCAACGGCUUAGAAUCUUGCUCAGUGCUUGGCCUAAUAUGCUGCCCAUCCACCGGCCUGAGCUUGAGGCUUACAAACGUCGGUCUCCCAACCCCCUCGACGCGGACGAACGGGACGUAUACAUGUUCCCUUAUAUCAAUCAAGAAGACUUGGUCAAACCCAGGACUUUCCCGCUCCUCCUCAACGCUAGGGCUAGGAAUCUUCCUUGCGACUUCGCCGGAGCGGACCUUAAUGCCAUGCAUCUCGGCUCGGUUUUAGGCGUGAUAUCCUGCAAGUACCUCAACGAGCACACCAUGAUGCUCAAUGGCAUGCGCAAUCCCGACGAUUACGGCAAACUGCUAUCCUGGGACGACCACCCUGAAGCCAUGAAGUGGAUGGUCACCAAGCAGUUUCAACCUGGAGACGGCUUACUUGUCCUCGAGGUGCAAGGUCGUAUCCUCGAGUUUCUGGCCAAGUGUGCACAGCAACUCCUUUCCGACAUCCCUAUUGACCGGUUAUUGUCUGAGGAGUAUCCUGUGCUGCCAGAGCCGUCGUUAGCACCCGAAGCAGCGACUUCCUUGGUCAACUCGCUCGCUGACCUCGCCGAGGAGGCCCCGUAUCGCCUGCCGCGCGCCAUCGACUUAGCUCGCAUCGAGUUCCUUUUACAAGCUCGCUAUGAUCAGGCUGUGGACCAUUUGUGGACGCUGCGUGAAGAUCCAGGCUACUUGGCAGAGCAAUACCAUGAACAUGAGCAACAUCGGCACGAAAACAUCCGUGAUACCUUGGGAGGAAAACACCCGAUCUUUGCAGCUUCCCGGGUGGACAACUUCACCAGUCGUGUCGUCCGGGAGAUGAUUCUCCAAGCUUCCUUGCACGUGGUGACGUUCCCGGAGCUACUGGCAGAGUGCCGCUCAUUGAGGCGGCUGCACGCUCGGUACGGCGCCCAACUGAGCCCGCUGGAUGAGCUACCGGAGCCGUACUUGCAAGCCAUCCUCGAGUUUCGACAUCACCUUCAACAAGCGUCCAAGCAGUUGUUCCGCCAACUCAGGAAUUCCGCGCCAUCCUCACCGCCUUUGCGAAAGUAUUGGGCCCGACGACCGACAACCAACAUCGAUAGAAUUGAGGCGUUCCCUCUUGAGGUCUCGGGCGAGCCGCAAGCCCUUGCCGAGCUUCUCUGGUUCCUGCAGACAUUGUGGGAGGAUGGCCAGGUUCUCAGUCGCCUCACUUUCGAAUUCGUCAUCGAGUCUCUGAUCAAGCACAUUGAGACUCAGGCCGAACAAUACGUCACCAACCACCUCGGCACUAUCAUUGCAGACCUGUCUAUCCUAGCCGAGUGCUUGCGGCAGUUGAACUCAUACUACCCGUGGUCCCAGGGCUACAACUUUGCCCUUUUAGACCGGGACAGGAAGGACCGGAUCCGCAGAGCAACGGAUGCUCGCACCGAGGGUUUGGUCAAAGUGCACCUUGCACUGGAUCACAGAAACGAUCUCUCAUUCCUCGCCAUCGCCAACCUCGCGAACCCAGCCCACAACCGAUUCCUGUACCCUGUGGAGAGACGCCGAAGUAAGGAGAACGUCGACAAACUCCGUCAAGCCGAGGCGAAUUUGGAUGAGUUCUGGGGCCACCUUGACGCCCACCUGCGCCGCCACGGCUAUCCCCUGCAGCCCCCGGCUGGGCGAACAUUGCAACGCACCCCAGAAUGGGUGGCUCCUGCCAAGAAGCCGGCUGCUAGUGUCAAGUCGGUGGAAGCUACCUUUUUGGACCUCCGCAUCGGCGCCUCACCGCCCUCUACAACGCCCGAUACGGCGCCCAAGACCAAGAUCAAGACGCGAGGCACAGCUGUGGCGGCCCCAACAGGUGCUGCUCCUGUCCCAGAAGCUGUCGCUACACCCACCGCACCAACUAUACAGUUUGCCGUGGACGCUCGCGCACUCAAGGUUUUCCGCAUCCUCUUCUUCACGCCGAAUGUGAGCGACACGCCAGGGGAAGCGCCAUGGAACGACUUCGUACACGCCAUGAACAGUGUCGGGUUCCAGGCAGAGAAGGUCUAUGGCUCGGUCUGGCAAUUCUGGCCUACCGAUACCGGCAAUGGCGCCAUGCGGUCCAUCCAGUUCCAUGAGCCGCACCCAGUGAGCAAGAUUCCGUUCCGUGAAGCUCGUCGCAUGGGGAGGAGGUUGACAAGGGCUUUUGACUGGACUGUGGAGACGUUUGCCCUUGCUAAGAAAUAA